AUGACUAGAUUCAACCCAUCGUACACUUCUUUUAAUUUAAUAUUGAACAUAGUUUCAGUCAUGCAUUUACCUGCGACAAUUCUAGCUGCCUUCUUCGUAGUGCUAGUUGCUGAAUUAUUCACAACAGAAGCCAGUUUUUACUCAAAGUUUUUGAAAUUCAUCGAAGAUGUUAUUAAAAUUGAGCAAUUUGAAAGUGUUUUUCUCUUGAAAUCAUCAAAAGAAUCUUCAUUUGAUGACCAUUUCAUAGCCGAACUUACAACAUCACUUGGUACUCCGGUUAUUCUAUCAACUGAGACUUCAUCAUUUUACUUGAGUGGAGACUUCAAUGAAAACAUUCUAACAAUUGUUCAAUUUGAUUCAACUGAUUUAUUACUUCAGAAACUUUCGGAAUACCUUCAACACCUUCGAUUUUGUAAGACAAUUUUCGUGCUGAAGAGUUCUUCAAGAAAUGAUUUCGAAUUGAAAAGAGUCUUCACUUUCUGCUGGAAAUAUAGAAUGGUCAAUGUGAUAGCAGUUUUUCAAGACUUUUGGAAUUCUUCGACUUUCUACAGUUACAGAAAUUUUGGAGAUCUUACAAUUGAAGAAUUUACCUGGAGCAAAAAGGAUAUUGUUAUUUUUCCAGACCGUUUGCAAGACCUUGAGGGUAUAAGGUUUCCAGUUCUUUUUGAACCUGCAGAUUCCGGAAUAAUCAUCAAAGUAAACUCUAAGGGUGAAACGAUAUAUGGUGGUUUAAUGGGAAAUAUUUUCAGUUCUCUUGCGAAGAAGAUCAAUGCUAGAUUGCAUAAGUCGAAUGUAAAUACAUCAUUUCUACGAAAAACUCAUGAAGGUGUCAUGAAUGGAACAAUUGAGAUGUCAGGUAGAAGUCUCGUGUUUUCGUCAGACGACAUUAAAUGGUACACAUACCCUAUUGUAGUUUUUGAUUGGAGUGUGAUGCUGCCUGUUGAAUCCAACAUUCCUAUUUACAAAGUGUUUGCAUUUGUUUUCAACUGGGAUUCUUUUGUAAUAACAAUCAUGGGUCUCAUUUUGCUAUCUUUAUCACUUGCAGCUUCCAACAGGUUUUCAGGAUCAAUUUUUAACUUUUUCUUCAAUAUUGAUUGUUUUCGUGGAAUGCUUGGGCAGGGUUUUACUGAAACACCGCAAGCCUCCUGCAGCACAAAAAUCAUAUAUUCAAUGAUAUUUGUACUUGGAAUUCUAAUGGUUACUACUUACAAUGCAUUUCUGCAGUCCUUAAUGACCACACCACCAGGAGAAAAAGUUAUUAAAUCAUUCGAUGAUCUGCAAGCAAGUGGUCUAAAAAUAUACAUUAAUAUUGCGGAAAUCAAAGAAUUGUCCAUACUGAGACCUGAUCUUAUGGAAAAGUAUUCAAAUCUAUUCCAAGUUGAAAGUAAUUCAAGUGUUUUGAAAGAAUUGCGAAACAGUCUUAAUACCGAUUGUGCGUUUAUAGUAACUGGAAUGAGUUGGAUGAAUUAUGAAAAUCAACAAAAUUUCUUUAACCAAAAAUUAUUUCGUUGGUCUGAAGAAUUGUGCUUUGUUAAAAAUAGACUAAUUGAAGUUAUAAUUAAUGAAAAUUCAAUUUAUAAAAAACUUUUGAAUUUGCAUAUCUUAGAAACACAAUCGAGUGGAUUAUUAGAUUUUUGGAUGAAAAAGUCUUUUUACGAAUUACUUGCUGCUGGAAAAGUGAAAAGGUUAAAAUUUGGAUUGGACGAAUUGGAACAACUUAAAGUUGAAGAUCUUAAAUGGUUUUGGAUAUCGACGGCAUUAGCGUUGAUGAUCGCUGUUUUGUGCUUUGUUGGAGAAAUUUGUGUUUUAAAAUGGAAGAAAUGGAGAACCAAGAAUCACACCUGA